AAAGAAGGAGAAAGAGUGCCCCCCUCCCUUCCUGAUAAAUCCUCACUCUGUGACUGGGUCUACAUUUUGAUGGCUUUGUUGAUUUACUCUUUUCAUUUUGACAGAUUAAGAGUUCAGUUCGGCCAACUGCUUACAUGUACUUAUCAGUUCCUGUGAUAGAGUUAAAUUACAUGUAUAUUAAGUGACAAACUCUGUUGUUGACAAAACUCAUCAAGAUGUCAGCUGAACAUAAUAGUUCUGUGCCUUACACAAGAUUAGAGGUCGAUGAUGACGUUGAUGAAGAUGAAGCUAACUGCAAUGAAACUAGUUCCCUCGUACAGCAUAGCACGGGAGGUGGAGACUCGGGCAAAAUAAAAAAUGGAUAUACAAAAGAUGGAGAGGCGACCUACAGUGACGCUGUUGAAGCAGCAGGAUUUGGAAAGUUCCAUGCCCUGUUGCUGAUAGUCUGUGGCUGGGCUAACAUGAGCGAUGCAGUGGAGAUUCUCAGUGUAUCCUUCCUCCUACCCGAUGCUUCGGUGGACAUGAACAUCAACAGUGUAGAGAAAGGAGCUCUCACGUCCAUCAUCUUCGUAGGUAUGUUAGUAGGAGGCUACCUAUGGGGCUCCUUGGCUGAUAUCCGAGGACGACGUCAGAUCCUCAUCUACUCCUUGACCUGUAAUGCUUUCUUUGGUGCUGCUUCAAGUGUCUGUCAAAACUUCUGGCUCUUCCUCGCCAUGAGAUUCCUCAGUGGUGUCGGUGUCGGUGGAUCUAUCCCCGUCAUCUUCUCCUACUUUGGAGAGUUCCAACCCAACAACCAUCGGGGCAAGAUGAUCAGUGGCCUCUCCACCUUCUGGAUGGGAGGCAACAUCCUGACUGCUGCCCUCGCUUGGGCUAUCAUACCCAGGGAUAUCGGCUACCACAACGACGAUGGCUUUAGCUACGAGAGUUGGAGGAUCUUCGUGGCAGUUUGUUGCGUACCCGCCGCGUCUUCGGUCAUCACGUUCAUAAUCAUGCCAGAGAGCCCAAAGUAUUUGCUGGAGCAAGGAAAUGAGGAGAAAGCCCUUGCCAUUAUGAGGAAGAUCUAUUCUUGGAAUCAUAAAGGAGCUAAACCCAGCGAUUAUCCAGUAACUCACCUCAUACCAUCAAGUACAAACAAAAGACAGCUCUAUGCAGCAGAUGGUACCAAGUUAUCCUUGUGGAAACAGUUUCUUGCUCUCUAUCAUGCGACAAAACAACUCUUUAAGAGCCCAUUGACUGGAAUCACCAUAGCUAUGCUUGUCAUUAUAUUCACUCUUUCAUUUGGGUAUUACGGUUUGUUCAUGUGGUUUCCCGAGCUAUUCAAGAGAGUAGAGUAUGGUGGUUCCGCAUGCAGUACGUUCAACGAAUCAAUCAACAUGACUGAACCGAGUGAUCGUAUCUACGUGGAUGGGUUCUACACAGCCCUAUCCAACUUACCUGGAAAUCUCUUGACAAUAGUUCUCAUGGAUAGGCUGAGCAGAAAACUCCUUAUAACUUCUAGUAUGAUCAUCUCCGGCGUCAGCGUGUUCUUCAUUUGGUUCCUAGAAACGAGAACCCAUGUACUCAUCAUGUCGUGUUUGUUUGGCGCCAUCUCUGUCAUAACUUGGAACACUCUCAACGUUGUUGGAGUGGAGCUCUACCCUACUAGCUGCAGGAGUACGGCAUUGGGAGUUCAAUCAGUACUGAACCGACUGGGUGCUAUAAUAGGAAACCUCAUGUUUGGUAUUCUUAUAGAUCUGAACUGUGCCAUUCCCAUGAUAUUGAUAGCUGUCCUACUAGCUAUUGGUGGUCUAACAGCGCUGACUCUACCCAACACUAGCAAAAAGGAACUCAAGUAAAGUUGAGUGGAGUUGUCUUAUAGUUUGUACUACCACACAAAGCCAUUGUAUGAAGCUUUUGAAAUAGUGGGGCCUUAUUAAUGGAACUUGUAUCAAUGGAAUAGGGUAUGCUGCUGUGAUAAGCUUCUGAAAUUGUGAAAUUAAAAAGCUGAAUGUGGGUAAGGUAUAGAAUUCUAACAUAUUUGAAAUUUUACUGAAUCUAACCUGUCUUUGAACAUUAACGUCUUCCAGUAUAUUCUUACAUUAUUAUUACUUACGACUUCAGGGUCCUAAGAGGUUAAGAGAUACAAUCAAUUGUAACGCCUAAAGAACAAGGUUUGCCAUAGAUAUAUAUAUAUAUAUAGACUAUAGCUAUCAAUCAUAAGAUUGUAUGUUUUUUAAUAUGUCACAGGGCUUCUAUCAAAUGCCCUGUGUAUGUCCCUUUUACACUGUAGUCCUAGUCCCAAGUUGAAUUGGUGACACAGGGUUUAAAUCCCACUGCUGCCACCAAAAUAAAGUCUUGAAACUGUUAAUUUAUUGAAACUUUGAGUUGCUCUCACAAUUGAUAGAGAACAGGAUGAUGGCAUGUGCACAAUUCUUUCACAAGGUGGCAGCAUUUCACGGGUCAAUGGAGUCCCAUAUACUGAGAGAGACUGACUCAGAGCCACCAAGUAUACUGAUUUCCUGUAUUUUGUACUGAAAAUGAGAAUACUGAUGGUUUCUUGAAAACAACUGAUUUCUAAAGUCUCAGUUUUAUGUGUUGUCCUAUGGUAUUUGUUUGAAAAUACUGAAUUCCUCACCAAAACAUUGAUUUUCAGCUUUGUUCUUGUUCAAGUUUGCAGAUCUGCUGACCAAACUGGUUUUAGUUACAGGUUACAACUUGGCCAUUGUUUUGACAGGCAAAGACAGGAGAAAAUAUUAUCAACGUAGACGUUAUGACCAAAUUUAAUCAAGCUGGUUAUUGGUAGAGUAUGCCCAAAUAGUUGGCAAGUUAAAAGUGAAAUAUUUUGUAAUGCACUGAUCUUAGAAAUCAGGAAAUUUGUUUUUCCAUAUGUGUGGUAGAUUCCGGAUGUAUUGUAUUUUGAAGCAAAAUAAGUUAUUUUGUCUCAAUCAAUUCUAUUUGAUAAACUCGUUUUCUGCUUGUGCCAUGAUUAUGAAAUGGGGUAUCUCCAGAUGAAGUUUUGACCUUCAUUCUGAUAAUGAUAUUGUAGAACGUCAUAAAUUAAUGAUUUAUUUGUUUUAAUUUGUUUGAAUUGAUUGUGCUAUACCUGAGCACUGAGCAGUUGUCGUAAAAUUACAAAACAUAGUUAUCUUUGAAACAGAGUGCCCUUUAGGUUGAUAGAAAUGUGCACUGAAAAAAAAUAUAGCUUUUUUAUAAGAUUUGGAAAGUUCAUGCAAAUACUGAACAUUUGUCAUUUGUAUGAUAAGAAGUAAAAUUGUUUAAUUUUUAAACAACAACCAAAAAGUUGUUGCUGACAAAUUGAAGAAUUUUAUUCUGAAAUAUUUAGUACUAACGAAUGAUUGAUAGUUUAUUGAUGUCAUAAUGUGUGACUUGACCAUGAAGCUUUCAAUGUUCUGAGAUGUUGAGAAGUACUCGGACAAUGAUGGUGAUGAGGCGGUGACACCACGUUUGCUCCGGUCUCAGGGGGUUAGAGUUAUACCCCUUUCAUAAACCCAAUUAAGGGUAUAAGGGGUGAGUGUAUGGUCCAGAAUAAUGUAAAAAUAAGGAUAACUGUUCAUUUAGUUACGGACGUUAAGUUUAAUCUUUGGCUUAACGUGCCGAUUUUCCAUUGGAGCAAUUGCCUAUGGAGCGAAUGUCAUGGAACUAAUUAGUCAAGUGAUUGGGAGACUAGCUCAGGAACUUUUUCCAUUUUGAAGUAAAUUAGAAGUACGUUGUACGUACUUAUGUUUUCUACAUGUAUUUUAUAUCAAUUAUCAAACACAUAUAUACUCUACAAUUACCUAAGGCUUUUUUAUGCUAUAGUUCAUAAAGUAAAACAAUAUUCUUUUACUCUGAAAUGAUCUGAAUAGAUUAAUAGAAGAUCAUUUCUGAUUAUUAGUACUUUGAUAAAAAGUAGGCCAUUAUUCUCUAGGGUAGCCAAAGUUAUAAUUGGUCAUUAUGUGAAGUGUUGGCUCAGUUAUAUGAGCCCUAAACAAAGUCUGUGUACUUACAUAUAUUAAUACACCAACUAUGGUGUGUCUUGAGGGAAAAUAAAGCCAUUCCACUUUCAUUUCUUUAAUUCAAUUUUGAUACCUGAUGUUGAGAUAUACAUAAAAAGUUUGCAUUUAAAAACAUGUGUUAUAAUAAGCACUUAACAUUUGAUAUUUUUAUUAUUAGUAGUAGUAUUUUUGUUAUUCUUUCUCAAGCUAGAUUUGAGGAAAGGUAAUUUUAUAAUGAUUUUGUUAUUUUAAGGAAAAACAUCACAAGAAGAAAUUAAUGUCCUGAUUUUGUUAUUUAGUAUUUGAGUUUGUUAUAAUGAAGAAUUAAGAAUAAUCUUCUUCCAGUAUAAUAUGCAUGUAAUUAAUUAUGAGGAAAGAGACUUUGACUUAUAUAUUUUACUUAUAAAUCUAGUUUGCAUGAUAUGUACCAAGGCAUUUUUUUCAUACUGAAGUUGGGAUAACAUACUGUGUGUGUGUUACCUUUUGUUUUAAAGGGAAGUGCUUUCAAUUUUUAUAAAUAAUAUUCUUAGUAUCAUUCAUGACAAUUUGUCCUCAUGAUUUUGUACUUCCUAAUUUUCUGAAAGUUGAACCAAAACAUUGAUAAUUUUUGUAAUGUGUGUUUCCUUUUCCAUAGGUUUUUUUUUUUGAACAGAACAUUCCUAUGACCUAAAUAAUUUCAAUUCAAUUUCAAUCCAAUUUAUUGAUAAUUCAUAAAAUGCAAAGCAGAUAUAUUCAAUAGAAUGUGUAUGGGUAUCACAAAUAUCAACAAAAGCCUAUGGCUUGCUAAACAGUGAUCCCCUUACAUACAAAAUAUACAUUAUGACAUGGUAAAUCAAGAACUUCAAGAACAAUCAAAUCUACAGAUCAAUUACAACCAGAUUACAAAACAACAGACACACACACAUCCCCC